GAGAAUUCCUCAUACUGGAUCUAGCUAUAAAGUCCAUCCCGUUUGUGCUGUCAUGUCUCUCGCCUGCAUUUCAUCCUGACCUGCUUGAAGACGGUCAAAGUAAGCUGUACUGGAAUCAUGUCAGAGACUGAACACGUUAGAUCAACACGUGUCAUCAACAGUGGCUCAGACCAGGAUGACAAGCAGCUGCAGCAAAGGAAAAGUGUGACUAAAGAGGCAGGAUGGGGACACAUUGCUAUGCUGGACAAAACAGAGGACUUUUUCCAGAUCUGUGACAGCGAGGGAAAGGGCUUCAUCACACGCACGGAUAUGAGGAGGCUACAUGAAGAAUUGUCACUUACUACUGAAGAACUCGAGAGCGUCUUUGACUCACUAGAUCUUGACAAAAAUGGAUACCUGACGCUGGCAGAGUUUUCCUCUGGAUUUAGUAACUUUCUUCAUGGACGGAGAAUCUCCAUGACGGAGGAACUAAUGACUGCACCCUCUCAAAAAGCUCCAGAAGCUCUUGAUCAGAGUUCAGGGGAUGAACAGCUGUCAGAGAAUGAGGAUGAUGAUGAUGAAGAGAGACAUUUUUGCAUGUUGAUGGAGAGCUUGGGUGCUAGCAAUGUGUUUGAAGA